AUGACGACGGAAAACAGCGGCGCAUUUCACGAAUUCCUCGAAUCGGACGUCGUCUCCCUCCAAGCCCUCAACUCUAUGCGUGUGUUCAAGGUCCACAAGGCUCUUCUUGACGCCAAAUGCGAGGUUGUUGCUUCGGCAUUCAACAACAAUUUUACUGAGAGGCAAAGUGGAGUGUAUACCUUUUCUGAUACCUCGGAGGAUACUCUGGCGCGGUUCCUCGAAUGGGCUUAUCGAGGAGACUAUGCUGAGCCCGUCUCAAAGUGUUUGGACAAGACAACGGACAAAGAUAAGAAAGCGCAUGCUAGCGAUCAGCUAGAGAGGCUCAACCAUCCACUGGUGGCUCAUAUGGCACUUCUUAUCUUCAGCGAGGAGUAUGUCGUCCCAAAACUGAAAGAGUUUGUCUUUACCAAGAUCAAGGUGGCCAUCCAGGUCAUGAACAAACCACACACGGCGAACGAUCGCCUUGGUGUUAUCUCUCUACUGAAGCUUGCGUAUACGAAGACUCCUGCAAACAAGUCCUCGGCCAAACUUCAAGACUGGCUGGCGCAUUAUGCUGCAUUCAGUUUUGAGGAGCUCCGUUAUCAGUCUUCUUUCAAUGACGUCCUCAAGCAUUGUCCUGAGUUGGCUUCGAAAAUACUUAGCAGAUUGAACCCGGCCUACUGUCCUCCUUGGUCAGCUGAACCUGAAGGACUAAAUGGAGAUUGGCUUUGA